AUGCCGCCCCCCAACUCGGCGUCGGGCACUCCCUCCUACUCACCCACCACAAUAGCCCUGGAGUCGCUGUCGCGAUCCUCCAUUCCCUUCCUCGCCCCUGUCGAACCCGAGAGUGCCCACGAUGACAACGUGAGCUUCCUGCGCUCUCGUUCCGCCCUUCACAACCCGCUCCUCCCGACCCUCAGUCGACAUCGCCGUCGGCGAUAUCAGACGCCUCCACAUCCCCGUCCCAACGAGAGUGAGGAUCAGAUGGAUCUGGAUGACCCCAGCAGCCUCCGCAUGUCGGUCGAGAUCAACCGUCGCAUCCCCAUCGUCCGCCGCCAGCGAGAAGAGUCGAUCAAUAUGCCAAAUUACGAAGGGCAGCUGUCCAAUCCUCGGUCACUGUACGGCUGGGCUCCGGGCUCCGAUGACGAGGGGGAGGGCACCGUCGCCGCUGGUCAUGAGGAGGAUUCGGACGGUGAACAUCCGCGGCCGUUCCUGCAUGCUAUCUCAGAUCCCAACACAACAACCGCGCGACCUCCAAGACACGAGCCGACCGGCCGAACACCGCCGAUAAUCGCAGGCGAUGAGCCAUUAGAAAGCAGCAGCAGCAGCAUUGGUCGGAUCCGGAAUUCGCGCAUUUCGACGAUGGAGGCUCUGUUGCAGUCGGCGAGGCGACAACCUCGGUUAUCACGGACCCGAACGCUGGAGACAUAUCUGAUGGAUCGGUAUGGAGAACGCCCAAAUCAGGACUCGGAGGAAUCAGAGCGUACAGGAGCGAGGGCGUACCGCUAUGUCCCCCCUACGCGAGGUGACUCGCAUCGCAACCUCACCCAUAGUGAUUUGCGCGCCCGCGCUACCGCUCAUCGGCAGCUACACUCGGAAAACUCGGUGAAUUGGCUCCUCAAGGAUACGAUCAACUACCUUGACCGUCUACGGUACUCGAGUUCAUACGAAGAGAGUAUUACCUCCGCUGCCGCGACCGGCUUCCUCUCUUUAGAUGAUUUCUCCUGGAAAGAUGAUGACGAUUUUAUUCUUGAUACCAACACCCUUACGCCGCCGCCCGCAUGUUCGUGGCUUCGACCCGGCAUGGUCUUUUCAGGUUCGCAACGAGCGGCAAGCGGGGGCUGUUCUGUCUUGCCCCAGCGCGUUUCAAGUCCAAACACCUCGAGUGACCCUGUGAUUGUCAACGGGAGUGACAAUACCCGGAUCGGUGUCCAUACAAGCAGCGGGCGUCGGUAUCUAGCGAAUACUCGGGAUGAGAAUUGGCCGGUUAAAGUUACCAUUCACAACAUCAACUACCACGACAUGACUCUGUCGGGCACAAUGGAGGCGUACAAUAUCCCCGACAAAACAUCGCCCAGCCACGAUGCGCACAUUGUGACCUUUCUAGAAGGAGAGAUCAUCGACUUCAAUGCACAUACACUGGAAACCAAAAACUUCAAAGCGGACGCCGAGAUCGACAGCACGUACUGGCGCGAGUUACAGCCGUUCAAGGACCUGAAUGAUACAGAGAUGGUCAAGAGUCUCGUGAGUCGCAAGUGGAUCACCGAAGAGCUUGCAAAGGGCUGGAUUCUCAUGCGAUGGAAGGAACGAUGUUUUAUCACCCCGACCGACUCGCGUCAGGGCCUCACCAUCUCCGGGUUCUACUAUAUUUCCCUGCGCCGCGACAAUGGCCACAUUGAAGGUCUGUACUACGACCCUGGAAGUUCGCCAUACCAGCAAUUAUCUCUCAACCCCGAGACAGUCAAAAUGACUCGGCCGUCCUACGCCUUUCGAUAG